AUGCUGCUGGAGCACAGGAAGGCGCAGAAUGAGUCUGCUGAGGAGGAGCAGGAGUUCUCAGAGGUCUUCAUGAAGAGCCUCAACUAUACUGAUCGGUUCAGAAAAUUCAAGAAUAAGGAGGUCAUUGCUGCUGUUAGAAACCUACUGAUGCAGAAGAAGCUCCACAAGUUCGAACUUGCGUCCCUGGCAAAUCUCUGUCCUGAGACUCCCGAGGAGGCGAAGGCCCUGAUUCCAAGUCUUGAGGGUCGUUUAGAGGAUGAGGAGUUGCGAACAAUUCUCGAUGACAUCCAAACCAAGAGAUCACUCCAGUACUGA